CUUCCUUCCUCUUCCUCUGCAAGAAGCCAAAUACAAUUUAGAAGCGCCCUUCCUCCUCUCCCCCAUCCGUACCCAAUCUAAUCGACACCCGGCCGAGAUGGGCCGCAAGUUCUUCGUUGGUGGCAACUGGAAAUGCAAUGGAACCACAGAUCAGGUUGAGAAGAUUGUCAAAACCCUGAAUGAAGGAAAUGUUCCCUCUUCAGAUGUUGUUGAGGUCGUUGUCAGUCCUCCUUAUGUGUUCCUCCCGGUGGUCAAGAGCCAGCUGCGCCAAGAGUUCCAAGUUGCUGCUCAGAACUGCUGGGUGAAGAAGGGAGGUGCAUUCACCGGUGAAAUUAGUGCUGAGAUGCUCGUCAACCUUGGCGUUCCCUGGGUCAUUCUUGGACACUCUGAAAGGAGAGCUCUGCUGGGAGAAUCAAAUGAGUUUGUUGGAGACAAGGUUGCUUUUGCUCUGUCUCAGGGACUAAAGGUCAUUGCAUGUGUUGGUGAGACCCUUGAGGAGAGGGAGGCUGGUUCAACCAUGGAUGUUGUUGCUGCACAAACAAAAGCAAUUGCUGAGAAGAUCAAGGACUGGAGCAACGUUGUUCUUGCCUAUGAACCAGUCUGGGCUAUUGGAACUGGCAAAGUCGCCACCCCAGCUCAGGCUCAGGAAGUGCACGCCUCCCUGAGGGAUUGGGUAAAGAUCAAUGUCAGCCCUGAGGUCUCUGAAUCUACAAGGAUCAUCUAUGGAGGUUCAGUAACUGCUGCGAACUGCAAAGAGCUGGCAGCACAGCCUGAUGUCGAUGGUUUCCUUGUGGGCGGUGCUUCUUUGAAGCCCGAGUUCAUCGACAUCAUCAACGCCGCCGCCGUGUGAAGUCCGCUGAAGAUGUUCCAACCCUUCACCCUGUUGCGGUGAUGUGCUGAAGACAGAUCAGACUAUUUUUUUGUUUAACCGUGCAGUGCUAUGUAAGCUACUAACUUUGCGCUGGUGCGGAUGCUGAUUUCCCUCCCCCUAGCUUUUUGUGAGGCUACUCUACAGCUUGAUUCAGCUUGCUAAUAAUGUUUGCCUCUGGAC